UUGUCAGCAUGAGGUUACAUCAUCAGGAACGCGACAGUUUGUGGGGCGGCGCUAGUAGGAGCGUGGCGCGUGUCAGAGCUGCCCGCACGUGCCGGAGCCGGAGCCGGAGCCAUGAGCUGCCCCGUGACUUGCGCCGCCUGGGUGCGCAGGGGGGUCGCCAGGGAAACGCCCGACAAGGUGCGGCUCAGCGCGGAGGAGCUGAAGCGGCUCAUCGGGGAGGCCGCGGAGACGCUGCGAGAAGAAGCAGAUGGUAGUGAUGAAGAAGAACAUGGACAGGCAGCAGAAGACAUCAUGGAUGUUGCUAGAGGUGAGACAGUUGAGCCUCCUCAAGAAGAUGGAGACCAGGAAGAAGACUCUGAAAAGCUGAAUGAUGAUGAGCUGGCAGAGUAUGGUUUGGAUAAAUAUGAUGAAGAGGAGAAUACAGAUGCUGUGAGCCUUGGAGACACCUUAGCCGGUCUUACGGUGUAUGGGAAUAACGAAUGUGAUCCUUACGUUACUAUUAAAGAUACUGAGCAAUAUGAACAGGAAGAUUUUUUGAUUAAGCCCAGUGACAAUCUGAUCAUUUGUGGAAGAGUUGAUAAGGACCACUGCAGUCUAGAGGUUCACCUUUAUAAUCAUGAAGAGGACUCAUUUUAUGUACACCAUGAUAUCCUCUUACCUGCAUACCCUUUAAGUGUGGAGUGGCUUAAUUUUGAUCCUAAUCCUGAUGAAUCUCCAGGAAAUUAUGCUGCAGUGGGUAACAUGACCCCUGUUAUUGAGGUCUGGGACCUUGAUAUAGUGGAUUCUCUAGAGCCAGUCUUUUCUCUUGGAAGUAAAAAAGAAAAGAAAAAGAAGAAGAAAAAGGGAAAGAAGAAUUCAUCUACAGAAGGGAAUCAGAAUGGGCAUACUGAUGCAGUUCUUGACCUUUCAUGGAAUAAGCAAAACAGAAAUGUGUUAGCAAGUGCUUCAGCUGACAACACUGUAAUUCUGUGGGAUAUGUCCAUGGGUAAACCGGCAGCGAACCUUACUUUACAUAUGGACAAGGUCCAGACACUACAGUUUCAUCCAUUUGAAACACAGACCCUUGUUUCUGGAUCUUAUGAUAAGUCUGCUGUCCUGUAUGAUUGUAGAAGUCCACAGGAUAACCAUCGAAUCUGGCGGUUUAGUGGACAGGUUGAGAGAGUGACUUGGAAUCAUUUUUCACCUUGUAACUUCUUAGCUAGCACAGAAGAUGGCUUUGUGUACUGUCUAGAUGCUCGUUCCGAUAAGCCACUUUUUACUCUGAAGGCUCAUAAUGAGGAAGUAUCUGGACUCCAAUUAAGCAGUCAGAUCAAAGGGUGCCUUGUGACAUCAUCUGCUGACAAAUAUGUGAAAAUUUGGGAUAUACUGGGAGACAAACCAAGUCUGAUCCAUUCCAGGGAUAUGAAAAUGGGUGUUCUCUUUUGUGCAGCUUGUUGCCCUGAUUUGCCAUUUGUCUAUGCCUUUGGAGGGGAGAGAGAAGGGCUUCGAGUCUGGGAUAUAAGCAGUAUUUCUGCAGUGAAUGAAGUUUUUGGAAGCAGAGAGAGGUUGGUAGCUGCCAAUACAAACUCUGCAACUAGCAGCUCCUUUGCCAGCAGUAGCAGCAAAAGUCCAGAAGCAGAAAUGGAAUCCUGACGGAUCAAACUUCACAUAGAUGGUAUAUAAAUGCAAAACAUCAAUCCAGAGUAUACUUUGGGACUACAGUUAAUAUGUACUCUGCACCCACUGAUUUGGAAAGUAUUCAUGGAAGUUUAUCAAGUUUCCUGUAAUCUGCAGCUUUUUUUCAUGUUGUGGGAAGAAAACAUGGUCUUGUGGUUAAGAUAUAGGAGUCAGAAGUUAUGGGUUCCUGCCUCUCACUGACUUGGAAAAAAUUAAGUGACAUGCCUGCACCUUGCUUUACCUAGCACUGAAAUGGGGCUAGCACAUCACAUGUGCGUUUGUAAACUUCACUUGUAAAGUGAUGCAUCUUUGGCAGGAAAGCACUGUGCUGCUGUAGAGUGUAUAAAAAGGAUUGUAAUGAAUGGAUUUCUUUUUAGUUGCAAAUGAAAACUACUUCAACUGAAAAUUGCCACAAUAUUUAAAUCAAGGGCUGAACAAAAACUUUUUUAGUGUAAGUAGUCAAACAAUGCUUAAGUUCCCCCAGAGUAAGCUGACGAUGGACUGUUUUUAACAAAUUUCCAAUAUCGCUUUUCAAAGAUUAACAUCUUACUUUAAAUCUCUUAGAACAGUGUGUUUCAACUGGUGGAUGGCAAUUGGGGCUGUGAAGCAUUGUAAAACUGCCAUACAAUCUAAAGCAAAGAAAAUCUCACUCCCUGUACACCUUUACCCUUCAACAUCAACUGUUCUGUAAGCUUCUCGAUACACACAAAUUACACAGGUUUAUUGUUGUAAUAUUGAUCUUUUUUUUUUUCUCCCUCUCUCGUAGUAAAUGGAAGGGGGUUGUAGAAAUCUUUGGCUGUGAAUAAUAGGUCACCACCCUGAAAUAGUCUUAGAAUAUGAAAUAGGGCAGAGAUGCAUCUUAAACCAGCCACAGGCCUUGGCCAUUCCACAAAGUUUAGGAUAUUCUUUAAAUACAGUAUCUUAGUCUACUAAGAGAUUUAAACACAUGCAACUAUCACACGUUCCUAUUAAACUGGAGGGAACACAGAGAGGGCUUUUAAACAGUUUCUAAUUAGGUUUACCUAAUUAUGGAAUGGGUUAGGAUAACAGUAGCUAAUGAAUAUGAAGUGUACAUAAUGGAAAGCUGUACCUGGUGUGUAUUUAAUCUUUAAACAACACUGUUUCAGUGUGUCCCAUUUUAAAAUAAGAAAGACACAACAAAGUAAAUCCUGCCAGGAUAAAAAAUAAAAUGUGGGGUUUGUACUUAGCCCAGUGCUGGCUGCCUGUGGUGGAGGACUUGCCAUCCUGUCCCAAACUCUAGCUUGCUGAUUAAAGCAGCAGCUCUGAAAAUAUUUCAGGUUUGUCUGUUCUUGUCGUAGCUUCCUCCCUUGCCUUCAACCUAUGUGCUUUAGUUCUUCUUGUGCACUGCAGAGGAGUGCGGAUCACUGGAUUCUUUUCCCCCAGGUAGUCCAUCCCUAACCUAUAGUCUUGACUCCAGCCUUCUUAUUAAAGUAGCCUCCUGUCACUCAGGUUUGGUUGCCAGUAUCUCACAGUAACGUUUCAGCUCCUGGGAUGAUCAUCUGUGAGAAAUUCCGUUUCUACUUCCUUUUUUAAAUGAGGCUAGACUUUGCGGUAUUUUGUUCGUUUUUACCAAUAUACUGAGUUAUACCAGUAUACGCCAUAGUGUGCUUGUAAUUACACAAAGGUGACACGCAGCUUAUUUCCCCUUCCCAUAUGAGAAUAAUUUUGUACGUACUAGGGCAGUUGUACUACUUUAGCUUUAUCAGUAUAGAUAAAAACUUAAAAAAAAAAAAAAAACCUAGAAAACUUUUAUUAAAUUCCAUAUUCCUUGGGCUAGGUCACUGGUGCCUUUUUUUAAAUUGAUAAUGUAUAUUUGAGCCCCCAGGAGCUGUGAAAGUACUGUAUUGUGGAUUAAUACGAUCAAAGGGUGGGAAGUAAAUUUUGUGCAUGAGCUGGUGAAUUUUUGUGACAGUUUUGCAAAGAUAAUAUUAAUAUAGCUGAAAACAUUAUGAUGCAGUACCAAAAAUGUCCAUGGACUAGAUGCUAAUUUGUGGUGCGGAUGGCUUCAUGAGUGUAUAUGAACACUUGGGGAUGUUUUAAGAUAUGCAGUUAAUAUAUAAAUAAUAACUAAUAUAUGUAUAUCCAUAUA